AUGCUGAUUCUGGACCUACUACUGCUCUUGUCAGCAUUGAUCAAAGCAGAACAGCCAUACUGUAGGCAACAGGGCAAAGCACAGCCGCCUGAGUUCAUCAGUGAUGGUGCUCUUAAGAUCGGAGGCAUCUUCACAUUUUACACAGGCUAUACAGGGGUGGUUCCAAAGUUUACCAGAUUACCUCCUCAACCAAAAUGCAAGGAUAUCAAUUAUAGGGAAUUUAAAUUUGCAUGCACUAUGAUCUUCGCGAUAGAGGAAAUAAAUAAAAACCCAAAUAUACUCCCAAACCACACACUGGGGUAUGAAAUCUUCAAUGCUUGUGGAUUCUCUAACAUUCUUCAGUCUGCACUUUCACUGUCCAGUGGACAAGAUGGCGUCUUCGAUGAAUUAAACUGCACCAAGACCGAUACUGUACAGGCUAUAAUAGGUCAUUCCGGAUCCACUCCGACCAUUGGGUUUGCUAGAAUAACUGGCCGAUUUCAAAUACCCGUGAUCAGUCAUUUUGCUACCUGUGCUUGCCUAAGCAACAGAAAAGAGUUUCCUUCUUUCUUCAGAACUAUUCCCAGUGAUUACUACCAGAGCAGAGCACUGGCCCAGCUGGUAAAACAUUUUGGUUGGACAUGGGUGGGAGCCUUAAGCAAUGACAAUGAUUAUGGUAAAAAUGGCAUUGCCACAUUCAUCAAGGCUGCACAAGAGGAAGGAAUCUGUAUUGAAUACUCUGAAGCUUUUGAAAGCACAGGUUCGAAAACGUCAUUAACAAAUACUGUAGACACCAUCAGAACCUCCACAUCUAAGGUAAUCGUGGCUUUCAUGUCACACAGAGAGAUUAAGAUACUGGUGGAUGAGUUAUACAGUCAAAACAUUACGGGACUGCAGUGGAUCGGAAGUGAUGCCUGGAUCACAGAUGACUCUUUUGUAGAUAGCCAAGGCCAUGCUUUGCUAAUUGGAUCUAUAGGAUUCACUGUCCGCAAUGCUCAAAUACCUGGACUAGGCCCUUUUCUACAAGAUGUCAAUCCCUCUCAGUUUCCAAAAAGUAUGUUUCUCAAAGAAUUCUGGGAAAGCGUUUUUCAGUGCUCGCUGAGCCCAAAUGCAACACAAAGGUCAUGCAAUGGCUCAGAGCACUUAAAAUAUGUCAAACAUCCUUUUACCGAUGUGUCUGAUUUGAGAUAUGCCAAUAAUGUCUACAAGGCUGUAUAUGCAAUUGCUCAUGCAUUGGAUAAUUUAUUGUCAUGUAAGCAACAUAAAGGCCAAUUUUCUAAUGCCACCUGUGCCCAAGAAACUACAAUACAACCUUGGCAGAUUUUACAUUAUCUGCAGACUGUGAAUUUCACCAUGAAUGGGGGAGAGACAUUGUUUUUUGAUAGCAAUGGUGACUCCCCUGCGAGAUAUGAACUGGUAAACUUGCAAAAGGUCACAAAAGGCACAAUGGAAGUAGUCACAAUUGGCUACUAUGAUGCAACUUUGCCUCGAGGGCAACAAUUUAUCAUGAACAAUGUCAACACCAUCUGGGGAGGAGGCCUAAGGACUGUGCCUGUGUCUGUGUGCAGUGAGAGCUGUCCCCUAGGAACUAGGAAAGCGGUGCAGAAAGGAAGGCCCAUCUGCUGUUUUGACUGUAUUUCAUGCCCUCCAGGAGAGAUUAGUAACACAACAGAUUCAUCUGACUGUGUGAAGUGCCCUUUUGGAUACUGGUCCAAUAGCAGAGGUGAUGAGUGUAUCAUAAAGACAGUGGAAUUCCUGUCAUUCACCGAAAUCAUGGGUAUCAUUUUGACAAUGUUUGGGAUACUUGGGGCAAUUCUAACUAUGUUUAUAUUUGCAGUAUUUUUUCACCACAAAGACACACCGAUAGUAAAAGCCAACAACUCAGAGCUGAGCUUCCUGCUGCUCUUCUCACUCUCUCUGUGUUUCCUCUGUUCUCUUACUUUCAUUGGUCGACCCACUGAGUGGUCCUGUAUGUUGCGUCACACAGCAUUCGGGAUCACUUUUGUUCUCUGUAUCUCCUGUGUUUUGGGGAAAACAGUAGUGGUGUUAAUGGCCUUUAAAGCUACACUUCCAGGAAGAAAUGUCAUGAAAUGGUUUGGGCCUCUUCAACAGAGAAUAAGUGUUGUUGGCUUUACUCUUGUACAGGUUCUCAUCUGUUCGCUUUGGUUAACAAUAUCACCACCUUCCCCAUAUAUGAACAUGAGCUAUUACAGAGAAAGGAUUAUCCUAGAGUGCAGAUUAGGUUCAGCGCUCAGCUUUUGGGCUGUUCUGGGUUACAUUGGCUUAUUGGCUGUCUUGUGUUUUAUUCUGGCUUUUCUAGCUAGAAAGCUGCCUGAUAACUUUAAUGAAGCUAAAUUCAUCACAUUCAGCAUGCUCAUAUUCUGUGCUGUCUGGAUUGCCUUUAUCCCAGCUUACCUAAGCACACCAGGGAAGUUUACAGUAGCAGUGGAGAUAUUUGCCAUUUUAACAUCCAGUUAUAGUCUACUGAUCUGUAUUUUCAUUCCAAAAUGUUAUGUUGUCCUGCUAAGACCAGGUGCAAACACAAAAAAACAUUUACUAGGGAAAAUUACACAUUAA